AUGAAUAGUUUCAAAUCUGUUCUAAUUGCAAGCGCAUUGCUCUUCAUGCUCAUUGCAGCAGUCACUGCAGGUGAAUCCAAACCUCAACAAGUUGACAGUUAUGCUGAUCAUCAAAAGUAUUGCUUCCAAAAGUGUACUCACUACAAGACUGUCAAGGGAAAGUGUUCUGAUUAUGAAUGGGUUGGUACCAAGAAGGAAUGUUGUGAUUGGAAGUUGGUUGGUAAAGGAAAAUGUUUGAAAUAUAAGAAAUUCAGCAAGUGUGAUAAAUAUUCCAAGGAUAGAAAGUUGUGUUUGGGUCAUGGUUAUAAGCAAGUUUGUGCUAAACAUAAAACUGAAAAGUAUUGUGUUAAGAGUGCUUGGAAAGAUGCUUGUAUUCAUAAGGGAAAGAAUAAUUCCUGUAAACAAUAUGCCUAUAACUUUGUCUGUACCAAAUAUGACAAGUCACAUGUCUGUGCCAAGUAUAUCAAGGUUCCAAAGGUUGGCUAUCAUUACAAGAAGAGAUGUGCUGAAUAUAAACUCGAUGCUUACUGUGCCGCUUACAAGCAAGUCUGUAAAUGUCAAAAGGGAUGGAAGAAAGUUGCAGGAAAACAUUACAAGGGAUGGACUGAUACUUAUUAUCAUGCUUUCUGUAAACAAAAAUGUCACAAGAUUUGUGCCAAAUAUACCAAGACCAAGAAGUGUAUCAGAUACAAUAAGGUCAAAUUCAGUCUCAAGAAGGGUUACACUAAAAAGUGUGUUAAAUUCAUUGAUAGAAAGUUCUGUGCUGCUCAAAAGAAGGCUCGUUUCUGUACUCAAUGGGUUCCAAAUCAAUUCUGUGAUGCUAGAAAGAAGGUCAGAGUUUGUGAAAAGUAUAAGGAACGUAAAUUCUGUGCUGAAUAUAAGGCAGUCAACUAUUGUACUCAAUAUAAGCACGUAAAGAGUAGAUGUAUUAAGAAGAAGCACUGGAAGAAGUGUGUUAAAAAGUCACCAGGUUAUAAGGUCUGUGCCAAGUAUCAAUUUGUUGGUGGUACCAAGAAAUGUGUCAAGUAUGGUGAAAGAACUGUUUGUGAUAAGAAGACAACCGUUUGUUCUCCAAUUAAGAUUGACAAGUAUGUUCCAGAAAAGAAGAAGGAACAUAAGAAGAAGGAAUAA